AUUGUAGCACUUCUUCCAUAUUUGGCAAAGUCAUCUCAGUGGCAGCUAAUGAAGGUGCUGGAUCUAGAAGGUUGCAGAGGCUUAAAGAAGCAACAUUUGAAGAUCAUCUGUAAAAUAAUAUUGCUGAAGUACUUAAGCCUCAGGAACACAGAUAUCACUGAACUACCGAAGAAAAUCGAGAAGCUGCAAUGCCUGGAGACCUUGGACAUCCGGCAAACAACGGUACGGGCCUUCGCCACAAAAUCAGUCAUGCUUCCAAUGCUAAAGCAUCUAUUCGCUGGUCAGGCUGAGUCUCCAAGCAACAUCACUGAUAGGUCUCAGGAUUUGUUUACGGCCGUGCGCCUUCCGAGCAGCAUCAGAAGAAUGAAUCAGUUGGAGACACUGUCACAUGUUGAAGUUUCCCACAGUGUUAAUGAUUUAACUGGUGUUGGUCAUCUAUUACAGCUGAGGAAACUGGGUGUGAUUCUCCAGGGUAAGAAAGGUGGCCUGAGUUAUCUAUUUCAACAGAUCGAAAAAUUACAUGGUUGCCUUCGCUCCUUGUCUAUUCAGAUCAACGAACCGGUUUCUCAAACUGAGGAUACUCUUAGCUCAGAGGAGGUGGUCACAUUAGCCUCCCCUCCAAACCUUCUUCAAAGCUUAAACAUUAGCGGCAUCACAAGUGGGUUUCUACUCUGGAUUGCAGAGCUCGAUCAACUUACCAAGAUAACACUGAGCCAGACUUACCUAGGGGAAGAUGAUAUAUGCAUCCUCGGCAAGCUUGCAGCUCUGCGCUGCCUCAGGCUUCGGCGCAGUUCAUACGCCGGCAGCGGGCUCACAUUCAAGCAAGAAGAGUUCAAGAUCCUCAGGUCCUUGGUCGUUGAUGAUGGUACCAUCACCGACAUUAUCUUUGACACUGGAGCCGCUCCCAAGCUGGAGAGGAUUGUGUGGUCCUUUGCCAAAAUGGAGUCUAUUUGUGGACUCCUCCGCCUUCCCAAAUUGAAGAAUGUCGAGCUCAAUGGUGACUGCGACCCAGAUCCAGUGAGACUAGCACUUGAAAAGCACCCCAACCUUCCUGAUUUCAAGCACAAGCCACACCAGGGGCAACAAGAAGAU